AUGACACCGCUCGAAAACAAAAGGACCACGAAGUCCUACGAGGAUAGGAAGAAAACCCUAAAGAAGAAAGCAAGGGAGCUUGCUAUAUUGUGUGACGGUCCUGUUUGCUUAAUCUGUGUUGAUCCUGAUGGCACCACUGAAACAUGGCCAGAAGAAAAGGAGAGGGUUGUUGAUGUUCUCAAGGCAUACAAAGCCAACCGGACAGUAAACAAUGUUGAAGGCGAGGAGAAGGUUGUCGACAAGGCACCGAGAGUUUUUGAAACUUGGGACCCAAGGUUUGAUUACUUGCCCGAGGAAUCUCUGAUGGAUGUUUUGAAAAUCUUGGAGAGGCAAUCGCAGGUUGUCGAUCAAGUAGUCGGGAAGGAACUGACGGGAAAGAAAGAAAAAAUUAUGCACGAUAAAAUAAAGAGCAAAACUGUGGGUGAUGUUAACGAUGAAAGGUCUCAAGAAGCCGGUCUAAUAACAAGGAAUUUUCUUGAUGUGGUUGGCUUGAAUCACCAGACUAGUUCCUAUACAGGAAACUACAGUGAUAUCAGCAGUUUCUUGGGUAAAAAUCCAGGGAGCAGCAGCAGCGAUUUCAUGAUACCAGUGGACUUGGAGUUACGUUUGUGA